AUGGCAGCAGCAGUGCUACUGGCGGCAGCGGUGGCGGUGGUGAUGGCGGCAGCAGCGUCGACACAGCUCGCGGCUGCGGCGGACGCCCCGCUGCCUCUGGUAGCUCCGGCGCCGGUAGGGCUGCCCAACUGCACGACCACCUGCGGCGACGUGCCGGUGCCGUACCCCUUCGGCCUGGGCCCGCCGCGGUGCUCCUGGCCGGGCUUCAACCUCACCUGCGACGACGCCGCCGGCCGCCCCGGCGCGCCGCCGCGGCUGCUCCUCGGCGACGGCACCCUCGAGGUCGUCGACGUCUCCCUCCGGAACACCACCGUGCGCGUAGUCCGCCGCGGCGACGUCGCCAACAUCACCUCCGGCCGGAACGUCACGUUCGGGCGCAGCUUCACGGGCUACAGCGGGUUCACGCUGUCCGACCGCAACGAGCUCGUCCUCUCCGGCUGCAACGUGGUGGCGAUGCUGGUCGGGGACCUCGACGAGUACUCCAACAUCAUCAGCGGCUGCGCCUCCUUCUGCUCCUCCUCCAACACCAGCAAGGGCGAGAUCAGGCAGCCGGCCGGCAAGUACUGCUCCGGCCUCGGCUGCUGCCAGGCUCCCGUCUCCAUGAACUACAGCAGGCCCGAGGGCGUGCAGGUCAGCUGGCUCCGGGGCGGCGCCGACCGCCAGCAGGACCUCCUCCGGCUGGAGCCCUUCGUGCUCGUCGCCGAGAAGGGGUGGUUCGACCAGAGGCCGGUGGCCGACCAGCUUGUGGGGCCCCCAGGAGGGAGCCAGAGGCCGGACGCCGCCACGAUCGAGGUCCCCCUAGUCCUGGAGUGGACGGUCAACAACGUAGCCCCGCGCGACGACAGGUACCCCGGGCCGGCGUGCUCGCCGGCGGUCGCCCAGAGGCUCUGCAGGAGCGCCAACAGCGAGUGCACGACCAACGGCAACGGCGACUACUCGUGCCAGUGCCGAGGGGGCUACGACGGCAACCCUUACCUCGACGGCGGAUGCCAAGGUUUCAGCGCCGGUAUAGGUCUUGGCAGCGGGGCAGGCCUUAUACUUUUGGCUCUCGUUGCAGUAUUUGUUACCAAAAAGAUCAGACACAGGAGGGUUAGGAAGUUGAAGCAAAAGUUCUUCAGCCAAAAUCGUGGGCAGCUGUUGCAUCAGCUAGUGUCACAGAGGGCGGACAUCGCCGAAAGGAUGAUCAUCACGCUGGAUGAGCUCGAGAAGGCAACAAACAACUUCGACAGAUCUCGUGAGAUUGGUGGUGGAGGGCAUGGUACUGUGUACAAGGGGAUUCUAUCUGACCUACAGGUUGUAGCCAUCAAGAAGUCAAAGAUAACUGUCCAGAAAGAAAUCGACGAGUUCAUAAACGAGGUAGCCAUCCUCUCCCAGAUAAACCAUAGGAACAUAGUGAGACUUUUAGGAUGCUGCUUGGAAACAGAGGUCCCAUUACUGGUUUAUGAGUUCAUUUCCAACGGAACUCUUUUUCACCAUCUUCAUGUCGAAGGGCCAACUUCGAUACCAUGGGACAGUAGGUUGAGGAUUGCAGCUGAAACCGCUAAAGCUCUUGCAUAUCUUCACUGGUCAGUUUCAACCCCUGUAAUACAUAGAGAUAUCAAGUCUAGUAACAUACUUCUUGAUGAUACUAUGACAUCAAAGGUUUCAGACUUUGGAGCUUCAAGGUAUGCUCCGAUGGAUAGCACAGGGUUAACCACAAAGGUGCAAGGGACUAUUGGAUAUCUGGACCCUUCAUACUUCUACACGGGCCGUCUUACUGAAAGAAGCGAUGUCUUUAGUUUUGGUGUCAUUCUUGUGGAGUUGCUCACCAGGAAGAAACCAUUUUCAUAUUUGACCUCUGAUGGUGAAGGCCUUGUUGCACAUUUUGUGAGACUUCUUGAAGAAGGGAAUAUUUCCCAAAUAUUGGAUCCACAAGUUAUAGAGGAGGGUGGCAAAGAAGUCCAAGAAGUUUCCAUACUCGCAGCAUCAUGCAUAAAUUUAAGAGCUGAGGAACGACCUACCAUGCGAGAGGUGGAACAUGCACUCGAAGGUCUUCAAGUAUCCAAGAAUAAAGGAUCUAUGGUAAUGUCUUUCAAAAAAGGAUCUAUGGUAAGAGAUGAAUUUGAGGAUGAUGAUGGUGUUGAGAUGACUUGACGGUCAUCCAAACAAGUGCAAAGCAUCAGAGUAUGUAAUCAAUCAAGCAGGACAUUCAGUUUGGUAGGCAUCUUCGGCGCGCCAUGUGCAUUAGGAUUAGUUAAGUACUAUUAUGUGUGGUGAUUUGGAUGCAUUUGUUGGAUGAUCUCAGCUCUGUUUUUUGGUAUGCAUUUCAUACGGGCAUUAGCAAAGUUUAGCCUUUGGCAUGUCCUCAGUCUGCUCUGCAUCAUUUUGGAUGUCCAGGAUUAAAUUUUGA